AUGCAAUCCGCCAUUACCUCGCUGGUUGCACUCGCAGCUUUUGUCGCGCUUUUGAGCUCGCCUGUUCAAGGCCAACUCUCCACUUGCACUGCCUCGUCCAGCACCGCGCUGACCUUCAACGGCACUGUCCUCUCCAUCGGCUGCGCUGGCAACUCUGUCACCAUGACCUGGACUGUGAGCACCACUGUGCCGCUUUUGCUGACUUUCCAGUCAUUCCAGACCGAAGCUGGCUACGACAAGGUCCUCGUGACGGCGAGCGGCACGGUGUACGGCCCGUUCUCUGGCGCGACCAUUCCCAGCCCAAUGAUUACUGGCGUUGGCAACGUUGUCAUUCAGUUCACCUCGGACGCCUCGAACACUUAUGCAGGCUUCACUCUGAACAUUGCAACUGGCCCUGUCGUCAACACGCUUGUGUCCUCUCAGCCCACCGUCCUCACCAAGACUCAACAGGGUGGCUUUGUGUACUUUGGUCUGUACAACUACCUUCUCGGUGGCUCAGCUGACUUUUCGGUGACCAUCUAUUCGUACUCGGGCCUGCAGGCGCCUGGUGUGUUUAUUGCUCGCAACCGCAUUCCCCAGUUGGAGAGCUACGACUUCACCAACAACACUGUUCAAUCUGGCUCUGACUACACCUUCCGCCUGACUAUUCCCAACCCGACUGACGGCUCGUACUAUGUUGGCGUCUUCUUGUACGGAACCAGCAGCAGCUUGAGUGUCACCGGCACGUGGAAGUUCAACAUUACCGCUCUCGGCAAUGGCAUCAAGGUUACCAACACUGCUGGCGCCUCUCCCGUCUACUACCAGCUCACCGUCCCGGUCUCGACCGCCUCGUUGCAGUUCCAAAUUUCUCGCCAGGUUCCCGGUGGCUACCCUAUUGCCGUGAUCUCUCAAGGCACUGCCCCCAACGCGAACAGCUUUGACUACAAGAUGGACACGACCCAGCAGUCCUACCAAAGCCUCGUCAUUCCUUCGCCGAAUCCUUCGUCCAACAGGAAUGCCAACCCUGGCAACUACAUCAUUGCCAUCUACUCUGCCACGACGGAUUCUGCCGGCUAUAUCUUCCAGGCGAACUGGUAACAGGUUUCAAUUCGGUGUCGUCUCUGUUGAUCUCUCGUAUAGUUUGCGCUGCAUGCUAGUG